AUGUCUGCACCUUCAUUUCCAUCAUUUCCAUCUUUCCCUUCCUUUAAUUCAUUCCCUGAGUUCGAAUCGGAGCCUAGUUCCAACAUCGACGAGCGCAGCUCGAAGAAGGAAGCCAAGCUUAAAUCAAAACGCGACAAAGAACGGAAGAAACGGAAACGCGACCGCUCCCUGUCAUCGAAUGCUGGGGACAACUACAACGACGCCCGUGUUCAGAGCGACAGAGAUGCCUCACUUCGUUAUUUCUACUCAGAUAUGAAGGGCGAUCCCCUGAUUCUCCAAUACGGCGGUCCCAACAAAGGCGACAUUCCGAAAUACCAUGUCAUCAGCAAAAGAUUUAAGAUUCUUGGUUUAUCACCUCAAUGGACUGUGUUUUCAAACUCUGGUUCAGGCAUUGAAGUUGGAAUGGAUCGACAUAAGCUACCAAGUUUGACGGAUCCAAAAACUCGAAAACUGCUCGCUGUCUCCCCUUCUCGCUUCCUCAGCGCAAGGUCCAAUAGCGAUAUCUAUCGCGAGCUCGAUGGUUUUCUCCGUCUGCCAUCAAACACGAAGUCUAUUCCAGACUACCGUACCAUUGAGAAGGAAGCAGGCAACCACGACUCAGUUUCUGAGUUUGAUUCUGACCAGAGUCCCAGUCUCUCAGACGACGAGGAUUCAGAACUUCAUCACGAGAAUUCGCAUCAAAUGACUUUGAAAACGCUCGAGCAAGAGAUAGCAGCAAACCCUUCUGCUAUUUCCAGUUGGCUAGCCCUCUUAUCUCGAACCCUUUCGACAGUUGACGUGAAGUCGAAAGGUGCAACCAGGGCUCGUGCUGAUAUCUCUCUCUCUGUCCUGGAGAGGGCCAUGGCUGCUCAUCCAAGGAACGCGUUGUCAAAACAGUUGCGCCUCAAGUAUUUGUGGGCAGGGUCGGAGAUUUGGUCCCGUCCCAAACUGUCAGAAGAAUGGGAACAUGCACUCGAAUUGGGCGAUGCGGACAUCUCGAUGGAAUGGUUGGAGUGGAGGAUCAGUGCAGGGAUCGACAUCUCAGGUGUUUUUGAUUGUGCGAGCCGAAUAAUAUCAACUCUGGACGAUUCUGAACACGACGAUAUGCUGAAGGUCAGAGUGUUUUGGCGAGUAGCGGUAGCAUGCCAACAAGCAGGGUUCCCCGAGCGUGCGACAGCCCUAUUCGAAGCGGAAGCAGAACUUCUAUUCGAGUUCCCUCAAGUGCUCCGCGGGCUACCGAUCGAAAAUGCGCUCGAUGCACUCGAAGAAUUCUGGGAGUCGGAAGUUCCUCGCAUAGGAGAAGCUGGGUGCAAAGGAUGGGCAUAUUGGCACUCUCACAGGGAUGAAAACCAAUACUAUCCUUCCAUGCCUUCGAACAUCAUUGAGCGAACGGACCUUGAUCCUUACCGUCAAUGGGGGAUCAUCGAAUUGCUCACGGACCAGCAACGGCGUCAGCCCUUGCGGUCCAUGGAUGACUCCGAUGAUCCCUAUGGUACAAUUCUUUUCUCUGACCUCCGUCAACUCCUUUUCUCCUCCCAAAGUGACCGGGCAAAGGACGCCUUCCGCUUUGCAUGGCUGGCUCUUGUCGGCCUUCAUGUCCCUGGACUCCCCGAUUAUUUAGCUUCUGACGGCGACUUGCUUGAUGAUCGGUGGUGUCUAACCCAUCUGGCACUGCCGAGUUACAUGGAUGCUAUUUUUCCACCUCCGAUCCGUCACACUCUCACCACGGAUUCUGUAUCAGGGGUGAUUGUUGGGCGACAGAAAGAGUAUGCGAAUAGCUUUGGCCCUGUAAAGAACUGGACUUGGGGUAGCCUCGAUCCUCUCGAACCAGUUUUCGGAAACCACGGAUUGUGGGACCAGACAGACCUUCAUGGUCUGGAUAUAAGUCAGAUUAGAAGGUUAUUCUCGCAGUUGAGAUCAGGGACGGGGGACGUAAACUGGGAUAUAUUAGCUUUGACAUUCGAAGCCGCAAUUAAUGUCAAAUCUGCACUCAAACUCUCUAGAAGUUUUCUUGAAAAGGCCCAGGACUCCCUUCCGCACUGGGGAGCUCAUGCGCAGUUGGAACGGAUGCGAGGCAGACUGAAUGAUGCUCGCAAAGUUUAUCAAACGGUUCUCAUCGCGACCUCCACCUCAAAGCGUAGAUUUGGUGAGAGUCAGCUUUGGUGGGAUUGGGCAAAAAUGGAAUGGCAGGCAGGUCAGCUUGAAGAGGCCUUGUCUGUCAUUCUUAGAGCCGCGAGAGUUGAGGGUCGCGGGGGUGUUGCGUUUCUGCGAGCGAAACGCAUAUUGGUAGGAGAAGCUCUAAACAGCGAGACCUGGAAAGAGGUGGAGGCUUGGACGAUGAUUGGCGCAUUGUUGGAGUUACUCACGUCGAAUAGCGUGGCGUCGUGCCAACAGAUAUUUGAUGAAAGACUGGAGGCGGUAAGGAUGGGGCAUGUGGCACAUGAAAGCAUGUCGGUUCAAGUAUUACUCUUCCUUCAUACCCACGGAACGCGGCUGAGGAAUCCUAUGCCACCCGCGUUACUGAGGAAUCAGGUUGAGAAGGCGUUGGACAAAUAUCCUAGCAAUUCAGUAAUUCUUGGGAUAUUCCUUGAAUGCGAGAAGGGCCAGGGUGUUUGGGGACGUGUGCGUAGCUUACUCGGAAAUAGUGGACCAACAACCAAGGACAUUUCAAGAAGAGUUCAGGAACUGUGGAUUGCGAGGUGGGAGGGGCGACAGUGGGAGAGUGAGCUAGAGCGAACUCGAUCAAGUCUGGCGACGGCAGUUGAACAUGAGAGGACACGGAAAAGUGCAGUUAUAUGGAGGCUGUUUAUUGAAUUAGAAAUUCGGUCAAAAUGCUUGGUGCAAGCGAAGAAACUACUCUUCCGAGGGAUUGGCGAGUGUCCGCUUUCAAAAGAGUUAUAUCUCCUUGCGUUUGUUCCCUUACGCUCGGUGUUUACCGGGCGGGAGUUGAACAGUUUAGCUGAGUUGAUGACGGAGCGUGGAAUUCGCAUGCGCCGGGGAAUUGAUGAGGUUGUUUCUGACUGGAAAAGGGAUGAGGAUGAUACGAAGGAAAUCGAGGGGGUUUUGGAGGAUGAGAUAGAAUUCAAUUCUAGGGAGUUGAAGCGGCUGAAACCAUACUGA